AUGUCCUGUUUUAAGGUGCCUAAAUCUAUUUGUCUAAAAAUCCAGAGUGCUAUAGCAAAGUUUUGGUGGGGAUCUCAGGGUACUAACAAAGUCCACUGGAAAAAUUGGUUUGCCAUUUCUGUUUCCAAGUUCUUUGGUGGCUUGGGUUUUGGUACCUUAUCCUUUCAUAAUCAAGCUCUGUUGGCCAAGCAAGCUUGGAGAGUGUGGACUAACACAGACUCUCUCAUCCAUUCUAUCCUCAAAGCUCGUUAUUUUAAACAUACUGAUUUUCUGAAUGCUUAUGUUGGCCAUAACUCUUCUUUCACCUGGAGAAGUCUCCUUUGGGGCCGUCAAUUGCUCAAGAAAGGUCUGGUCUGGAAGGUUGGGGCUGGUACCAAUAUCUCCUUAUCUGCACCUAACUGGAUCCCUAACGUUCUCAGUCCAACUCUCAUACACCCAAUUGAUCCUUCCCAAGCUUUUGUCUCCUUCUUUAUAAACCAUGAUAAUACUUGGAAUGUGCCUAAGCUUCAACAUUUUUUUCCCUCUUACCAGGUAGAUCAUAUCCUCCAAAUUCCUCUGGAUCCAACUUUGUAUGAUUCUCUCAUUUGGGGAUUUCAUCCUUCUGGCAUUAUCACAGUCAAAUCAGCUUACCAUCUUGCUUCUACCCUUGCUUCUAUUGAUGCUCCUUCUUCCUCCAACCCCAACCCCUUUCAGCCUUGGUGGAAAAAGUUAUGGUCCCUUCCUAUCCCUCCCAAGCUUAAGCAUUUCACUUGGAAAGCUUUCCACCAUAUUUUACCCUGCGCAUUAAAUUUGUACCAUAAAAAGAUUAUCCCUCAUUCUAGUUAUCCUGUUUGUGGUAACAACAUUGAAUCUGUCACUCAUGCCAUUCUAGGUUGUCCCAGAGCAAAGAACAUUUGGAAGUCUUCAAGAUUCAAACAAUUUUACCAUGCUUACAAUCGAACUGACAUUGCGGAUUUUUAUCUUCAGGCUCUACAUCAUAUCUCUACACAGGAUUUUCUGAUUUUUAUUGCUAUUAUCUGGCAUCUUUGGAAUACUAGAAACUCAAUUUUAUUUCAAAAAUCUGGUUUUAUUAACAAUGUGGAAGAGUUUGUUAUUCAUUAUUUACAGGAUUAUAAUGAAGCUCAACAAAGCUAUCGUGUAAUUCAACCGAAUUCAGUAGCCUCUUCCAUAUCUCAGCAUCUUCAGCGACUGCAAUCAAUUGGCUUCCAAGAAGAUUCUCCUGCUCUUUUUGUGGAUGCAGCCCUUGAUAAACAGAAUGCUUUAACAGGAACUGGAUUCAUUUUCAAAUCUGGUUGGCAACAUCCUAUUGUUUCUCAUCAUCGCCAAAUGCCAGGGGCUUCUUCUCCUCUUUUUGCUGAAGGGCAGGCUCUUUUGCAAAGUCUAUUAUGGUGUUUGGAUUCUCAGUUGCGGCCAAAGUUUAUUUUCUCUGAUUGCUUGCUUUUGGUUUCUAAAGUUAACAGUGAUUGGCAUGAUCGCUCUGCUCUUUCUGGUCUGGUGUCUCGGAUUCGGUGGCUCUUCUCCAACUUCCCUGAAGCUUCCUUGCAUUUCCUUCCUCGUCAACUCAACAUGGAUGCCCAUGGUCUUGCAAAAGAAGCUCUUAGGCUGAGAGAAGAUGUCUAG